GCCAAUGAAAAAAAGUUAAUCUGGAUAUUGUAAGCUGCUGGUACAAAAAAAAAAUAUACAGUGGAUGAAGCUUCGUUUUAACCAGUCUUUAUACACGUUUAUAAGUCUUUAUACACCUUUAUACACCUUUCUCUAUAUCUAAUUUGGGAGACUAUGUUGGCUAGAAGUACCAUGUUACGAGCUUCGUCUCGUCGUUUUCUUUCUUCUAGUAGCAGAAUGAUGUCGGAUGUAUCAGUUACUGUUGAUGGUAGAACAAUUAAUAUUGAAGCCGGAAGUUCUAUUAUUCAAGCUGCUGAUAAGGCUGGGGUGACUAUCCCACGUUACUGUUACCACGAUAAGUUGGCUAUUGCCGGUAACUGUCGUAUGUGUCUUGUUGAUGUUGAAAGAAUGCCAAAAUUGAUUGCAUCGUGUGCCAUGCCAGUGCAAAAUGGUAUGAUUGUCCAUACUGAUUCAGAAAGAAUUAAAAAGGCAAGAGAAGGGGUUACUGAAAUGUUGUUGGAAAACCAUCCAUUAGAUUGUCCAGUUUGUGAUCAGGGUGGUGAAUGUGAUUUACAAGAUCAAUCCCAAAGAUACGGUAGUGACCGUGGUCGUUUUAAAGAAUUAAUGGGUAAAAGAGCAGUUGAAAAUAAACCAAUUGGUCCUUUGGUUAAAACUUCCAUGAACCGUUGUAUUCAUUGUACCAGAUGCGUUCGUUUUAUGAAUGAUGUUGCUGGUGCUCCAGAAUUUGGUACUUCUGGUAGAGGUAACGAUUUACAAAUUGGUACUUAUAUUGAAAGAAAUAUUAAUUCGGAAAUGUCGGGGAAUAUCAUUGAUUUAUGUCCUGUCGGGGCUUUAACUUCAAAACCUUAUGCGUUUAGAGCAAGACCUUGGGAAUUGAAAAGAACCGAAACUAUCGAUGUCUUUGAUGCAGUUGGUUCGAAUAUUAGAGUCGAUGCUAGAGGUAUUGAAGUCAUGAGAGUUUUACCAAGAUUGAACGAUGAAGUUAAUGAAGAAUGGAUUUCGGAUAAAAGUAGAUUUGCUUGCGAUGGUUUGAAAACUCAACGUUUAACCACUCCUUUAAUUAGAAAUGGUGAUAAAUUCGAAGUUGGGACUUGGGAUGAAGCCUUAUCGACUAUUGCUGCUGCUUACUCUAAAAUUAAACCUCAAGGUGAUGAAUUAAAGGCCAUUUCCGGUGCUUUAUCCGAUGUUGAAUCAAUGGUUGCUUUGAAAGAUUUAAUUAAUAAAUUAGGUUCAGAAAAUGUCACUACCGAUGUUAAACAAGCUUCUGAUAUUCACGGGGUUGAUUUCAGAUCGAAUUUUAUCUUUAAUUCCACCAUCGAUGGUAUUGAAGACGCCGACCAAAUCUUAUUAAUUGGUACUAACCCAAGACACGAAGCCGCCACUUUAAACACUAGAAUUAGAAAAGUUUGGUUAAGACAAGAAUUGGAUAUCGGUCAUAUCGGUCAAGAUUUUGACUCUACUUUCGAUAAACAACAUUUCGGUACCGACGUAAAAGCUUUGGAAAAAACUUUGGGUGGUGAAUUUGGUUCAAAAUUAUCUAAAGCUUCAAAUCCUUUAAUCAUUGUUGGUUCUGGUGUUGCUGAAUCUGAAGACGCCGCCGCCAUCUAUAAAUUAGUUGGGGAAUUCGCUUCUAAACAUUCAAACUUUAAUACUCCUGAUUGGAAUGGGGUUAAUUUAUUACAUCGUGAAGCUUCUCGUGUUGGUGCCUUAGAUGUGGGGUUCACUAACUUUAAUUCUACCAAUACUAAACCAAAAUUCGUUUACUUAUUGGGUGCUGAUGAAAUUAAAAAUAAAGAUAUUCCAAAAGAUGCUUUUGUCGUUUAUCAAGGUCAUCAUGGUGAUUUAGGUGCUUCUUUUGCCGAUGUCAUCUUACCUGGUUCUGCUUACACUGAAAAAUCAGCCACUUACGUCAAUACUGAAGGUAGAACUCAAAUUACUAGAGCCGCAACUAACCCUCCUGGUGUUGCUCGUGAAGAUUGGAAAAUCGUUAGAGCUUUAUCAGAAUAUUUGGGGGCCACUUUACCUUAUGAUGACUUAUACGCUAUAAGAUCAAGAUUAGGCCAAAUUGCUCCUCAUUUAGUUAGACAUGACGUUAUCGAACCAGUUUCUAACGAUAUUGCCCUCAUCGGGUUCAACGAAUUAGUUAACAAAAAUAAAUCAGCUAAACUCAUUGGUGCUCCUUUGAAAAACCCAAUCGAUAACUUUUACUUCACCGAUGUCAUUUCAAGAUCUUCUCCAACCAUGGCUAAAUGUAUUUCUUCUUUUGGUGCCAAGAUUGACAAAAUCAAAGAUGAAAAACCUGAUCUUAAUGAUAUCUAAUUAAAUGAUUAAACUAAAUUUUAAAAAUUAC